UGUGAUGUGACAAACUAUCAAAACGUUCCAACAUUCAUUAUUUUAAUUGACAUUAACCAUAAAUAUUUGAUACUUAAUAAUAUUUUUUCAAAUUUUUACUCUCAAUAUAUUAUUUCAAUUGUAUUUCCAACAAAAUGUAUAAAAAAAAAGAAGUAAUAAAAAAAUAUUCAGUCGUUUUAAUUGCUUUAUAUGUAAUAUCUACAAUAUCAGGGAUAAAUUGCAUGGGAAAAAAUAAUAUUACUACCAGUACUACAAGUACUACCAGUACUACCAGUAAUACCAAUAUUACAAAUACUACCAGUACUACCAAUACUACAAAUACUACCAGUACUAACAAUACUACAAAUACUUCUAGUACUACUGCAAAACCAUGUGUUGAACAAUUGAAAACGUGUGUUACUAACGAUGACUGUUGUAGUGCGAACUGCCAGUCCGUAAACAGUACAUAUAGGAUCUGUUUCGAACCCAUACGUAAAGAUCCAAGUGGGAAGCCAUAUCAAACAUAUUACGAUAUGUGUUCUUUCGUGGAACCGGAAGAUAAAAAUGCGAGUGAAACAGCGUUUGUUGUAUACGGAGUGAAUGCAGCACAUUCUAUUUUGCCCGAGGGUUAUAAUUACAAUGUAACCUACAACGGGACUACGAUAACCGUUCAAAUAAAUAAUUUAACUCCAGCCGGAAAUUCAACAUUGGAAUUAUCGAAAGAAGCAGCCAAGGCCCUAAACAUUACAGGAGUUGUACCUUGUAUUAUAUCAUUAGGACCUGAAAUCGAAAGAAUGGAUUUUCUGUUCAUUGUACGCGUAGUAGCUAUAGCUAUAUCACUAUUUGCUUUAGCAAGUGGAUUAAGUGGAUCUUCUUAGAAGGUCGACUCCAAAUAAUGUAUAUUACACUAUUAUUGAAAAAUAUAUUAUUUCCAAUAUAAUGACUUCAUAUUUUCACUGGA